AGCUCGUAGUCGUAGGAAGUGACUUUUGAGAUGACUUAAGUAUCUGUGAUCUUCACCAAGGAGAUGGGGAUGUUAAGGACACUUAAGAUUUUGGCUGUUUUGGCUAUUUGUCAGAUUGUCAGAGCGCAAAGAUUUACAUACACACAUAAAUUCAAUGCAAUUGUGGACAUUCCAACUUACGGGAAAGUCGAAGGAUUCAGCGUUGGAUCGUACUAUCAUGUUCAUCCAGAAAUCAGAAUAAAUCAUUUUCUGGGUGUUCCUUAUGCCAGACGUCCAACUCAGUUCAGUGAUUACAGAACUGAGUUUCGUUUUAAGAAACCGGAAAAGCCCUCCUGGACAGGUAUUUGGGAUGCGACGUACUACCGCCCAGCCUGCCCCCAGCAUCCUUGGUACAUGAGACAAUACAUCCCAAACUUCAGCAACUUCUCUGAGGACUGCCUCUACCUCAACAUAUAUGCUCCAAAUGUGACAAGUGAAAUUCCAAGUGCCAACCCCAACUUAUACCCUGUGAUGGUGUACAUCCAUGGAGGAGGGUACACAGUGGGAUCAGGGCAGCUCUGGCCAGCGCUGCUGGCUGAGAGAAAGGUUGUCGUGGUAACCAUGAACUACAGGCUGAAUGCCUUAGGUUUCCUGAGUACCGGAGACCAGCACUCUGCCGGGAACUAUGGAAUGUGGGACCAGGUCGCCGCGCUGGAGUUCGUCAAGGACAACAUUCGCUUUUUCCGCGGCAACCCUCACAGAAUCACUCUGGUUGGUCACAGCACAGGAGCGUCUAGCGUAGGACUUCACCUACUGUCCACGCGCUCUGGCAAUACCUAUAACCCAAUGUUCCAACAAGCCAUCAUGAUGAGUGGCUCUGACUUAAGCGAAUGGGCCAUUGUCGACCCUAUUUGGCAUGCUCAUGAAUAUGCAAAACAGCUAGGUUAUCUGAUUGGUUGCCCAACAGCGGAUAAUUACCAGCUUGUGCGGUGUUUGCGGAUGUCCCGUACAGCGGACGAGAUUGUCAAUGCCUCAAUAAGGGUCGAGGUCAAGCAAGGGUGGGUGGGAAACCCCUGGGCCCCAGUGGUGGACGGCAACACAGUGGGUUCGCAAUACGCCUUUCUGGUGGACCCUCCAAGAAAACUGCGCGAACUUGGCCAGUUUCCCAGAAUCCGUGUUAUAGCAGGAGUGGCGGCAGAUGACGGGUCUUGGUUCAUUCCAAACCUUUCGUCUCUGCCUAGCGGAAUCACGGAGAGUCAGUUUGAGAACAUCCUGAUGGAAUUCCUGCAAGAUCGAGGUGUCCAGGAUUUGUCUCGCGCACUCAAUGCCCUGCGCUUCCAGUACACUUACUGGCCACGCUACGAUAAUGACACUGCCCGCAGACAGAUGACCACUGAUCUGAUGUCAGAUUACAUGUUUGGUGCUGGUGUCAAUGAAGUACUACAGCUACAUGCGGACAAAAACAAAACAUUCUAUUACGUCUUUGAUUACAAGUCCUACAAUGAUUACCUGCCACCGUGGAGAGGUGUUGCUCAUGGGCAGGAGUUACAGUACCUCUUCGGUUUCCCGUUCUUCAACGAGACGUACAUCAAGCUGACAGGGAUUUAUCCCCGACAGAGAUAUUCCUAUGGAGACACUAACUGUAGCGAGUUUAUGAUGAACAUGUUCACUAAUUUCACAAAUCUUGGAAAUCCCACGCCGCGAAUUUAUGACCGGUACGAGUUUUACAACACCACAUGGAUGCAGUACAAUCUACGCAACCAUUCCACCUUCUUGAUCAGGAAUAUGUCCACGUCCUUAAACCAUCUCAACUACCGGCAACAGAACUAUGCCUUCUGGCUCAAGUACUACCCCAGUCUGGCAGGCCUCAGCGAUAUCACAGAGCCAAAGUUUGUGGACCAGUCCUCCUCUACCCAGUUCCACACGGCCACGUGGUCACUAACAGCGGGUGUCGGUCUCCUCCUCAUCAUCAUAGCUGUUCUUGUCAUCGGGUUUUAUUGCCACGGGAAAAGGAACUCUGACCACUUCAGUAGCACCUGCUGAUUACAGUAUCAUCAUCGUUCUUGUCAUCAGGUUUUAUUGCCGCGGGAAGAGGAACUUCUACCACUUCAGUAGCACCUGCUGAUCACAGUAUCAUCAUCAUCAUCAUCGCUGUUGUCAUCAAGUUUUAUUGCCGCAGGAAGAGGAACCUCUUCAGAAGCUCAUACUGAUCAUACCACCUGUUACCUUAAUUACCUAAGAAUUUACACAAUGCAAAAGUAGCAUUUUUAUAGGCAAAUAAAAAUUUAGUGGUGAAACUUACCCACUAAAAGUGGAUUUUUGGGGCCAAGUAAAGGUCAUAAAAUAUUAAUUUUGGUGCUGAAACUGUACACUGUACCUUACCUUCUAACGAGAACCUGAAAACACUUUAGGCCGAUUCCUCAACCUUUUUGCAUAUGAAAGAUCAAGAUUCCGUGCGUUUUCUGCACAUUUUUACUUCGAUUUUGGAGGCAUUGGUUGGAUUGGCCAGGUUCAGGGCUUCACAAAAAGUAUAAUAAGUCUACACAGAAUAAUGCCCUCAGAAUAUGCUUGAAUAAACAACAUGUAAACAUGCAAAAAGGCUAAUAUCAGUAAAGCCAUCAGAAUGAGGCAACAUGGCUGAGUAACUUGAAUUUUUUCUUUUGAUCGGAGAUGAAUUUUUACGCCAAAUGUAGUACUAACAGAUCAGGUGGAGAUGAGCUGAUGUGAUUUGUUUAUUAAUAAGCUUGGCAUGCGUGUUGAUCGCAACUUUCUGUAUACAGUUACAAGGUAUUGAAUAUUCUGUCUGCAUAGCCAAUGAUACUGACAAAUCUAUUAAAGCUUUGUCCUUGAGAACCAUGGUGAACUGAUAAUUUGUUGGUGAGGCUAUGAGAAGUAUUAAAAAAUAAUUUGUGCGUAUUUAGGUGUUCACAUCGGCUGUCUGCAUUAUGGACAAGCUUGACACAUUACACUAGUCGAUUUAUGGGGACGUUUGCACAAACAGGUGCAUCAUGGAAAACUGAAGUUUCAACCACUAAAAAACUUUAUUCAGUGCAAUUUAUCUGUACAAUUAUUAUGAAAAUGAUGUCAAAAAUAAUUCAUUUGUGUACCUAAAGAUGCAAGAUUCCUAGAACUAGGCAAAUUCUUUCUCGGCACACCAUGUACUUCUCUCAGAAUGUUUAAAAAUAUUCGUUACAAAGGUUGAAGAGUUCAGGUGUUCACUGUCGAACACUUCCUGAAAACUUGAAUUGCUGUUAUCAUAACCCAUUAAGCAGUAUCAUGUUGGAGUGGUUUCUACAUAGGCCCCUGUCUGUGUAAGUAUUUUAUCACGUCAUAAAUAAUUAGAUUACCAUACUUUCUCAUUUACCCGGCCCAGAAAGGUGUAAUUGUGCAUGUUGUAAAAUUCAUUCAUUUUGCUUGUGUGAGCAUACACGUCAAUUUGGGUUGCAUUGUACAAAAACAAAUAUAUUGUGGAACUACCAUGACAAUUUAGAUUUCUGUAAAAAGUACUGAAAUGAAAAAUUAUAGUUUUUUUUGUACAUAUUUGCCAAAAAUGUUCAUUCUUGAGCACAAUUAAUGUUGAACAUCAAUCAAAUCCAAAACUUUCAGUCAUUCCAUAAUGAAACUUACAACCAUUAUUAUUAUUGUCUUUGUGUACUUCCGUGCGUAUGCAUUACAGCAGGUUAACAAGUGCUUGAUUGUGUUUUAUCACCUGGUUCUGUGGGUGCUCAGGGAAUAUUAUGUUAUUCACCAAGUGAUAAAGCGCAUCAGACAUCCAGAAUUUCUAAUUUGAAUUGCUUGAUCCCACAUUUUAUUGGUCAGGUCUGGAUGCAACACAGCUGGCUUGUCCAAUGAAAUUCUCAAUUGGUAUUUUUUUUUUUUUUUUUGAGUUUGUGUCCCAUGAAACUUCGGAAAGUUUCUAGGAAAGUUUCUACCACCAGAAAUGUGAAAGUAGUCUGAUAACAAGGAUCAUCACCAAAACAUUUUGUAAAGUCGAACGAUUCCCUGGUUUCCCCUGAACAGCAUAUGAAUGGGUAUUAUUGACUAGUCCACAGUUAAUGUACAGCUUACAUUAUCCUUAGUUAACAAAAAAAAACCCUUUUCUGAAACAGCUUUUAAAUCGACUAAAAUGCCAAAAUUAAUAAGUUCUAUCGAUACUGAAGAAUUACAACUUCACCAAGAAUGAAGCUAAGUCUGUUUUACGUUUGGAGUUCAACGAAUGAUGUAUAUAUAUUUAAUUUUUUUUGUUGUAUAUUUUUUUUUCUGGCCAAAUCUGGUGCAGCUCAAUUUUUUGUACAUACAUAGACUGUAUAUGUUUGGUUUUUUUUUUUUAAUAUAACAUUUUUAAAGAAAAGAGAUGAUCUGCAGAAACUGGAACAAAUUCGUAUUAACAUACAUGUUAAAUGUUUCAGCACCAGUGUUGUAGCAAAUUUUGUGCUCUCAUAAAUACUUUGUGUAGAUAGUCAUAAAAGUUGAAAUUUGUGUGCUGACAUGAAAGCCAUUUUUUUUUCUUUUGUAUAUUUUCAUUAUUACAUUUAUUUGUAAAUACUAUAUAAACAUUGUAUGUAAGAUUAGGUGUGAAUUUGAGGUUACUUUUAUAAUAGUUAUGUACAUGCAUUUCAGCAUUCACAAUCAACUGUGUAAAAUGUACACUGUAAUCAACUUGCAGAAUUCUUAUUAAAAACUGUUCAUCAAUUUUCUGUUUUAUACAGAAAUUGAAUGAUUCAUGGAACAUAUUCGCCGAAAUAGGUCAGACGGCCAUGAUUAUGCUGCCUUG